AUGCACUUCAGCAUCCUCCUCACCCUGUCCACCUUGACAGCUCUGAGCAGCAACGCCGCAGCUCAUCCCCCCUUUGGCCACUCCGAUAGCCCCAUUGCAGCAAGCAGUCAAGGGAUUCCAUCCAUUCAAAUCCCAAGCCCAUCUAUUCAAAUCCCAGGCCCAUCCAUUCAAAUCCCAGGCCCAUCCAGUCAGAUCCCAGGCCCAUCCAGCACGCCCAUCCCCACCCUAGUGAGGAGACAAGCCACACCGACUGGAUUCCCCUCACCGACACCUGUCUCGCCCACCCCAGUACUACACAUUACUCCAUCCAAGACACCCACCACACCCAGCGGGUUGCCGCACGCUACCGUCUCGCCGCUUUGA